AUGCGGCCGGGGCUGGGAUUCAAACCGCGGCGCGAUGGCUUUUCUUCAUCGGUGCUGGGGCGCCCGUACCCUGAGAACCGGCUCUGGGGGUCGUUCGUCCUCCCCAGUUUUCCCACUGGCUGCACCUUCGAGGAGGACGGCGACCCGAACCAGUGCGAGUACAGCCAGGGCGAGGACGAUGACUUCGGGUGGGAGCUGGUCCGCAGCUACAUGCUGCCGCACCUGACGGCCGACCUGCCUCACGGGGAUGUGGGACCCCGCUGCUACUGGAGGGGGGAGGGCUUUGAACAGCCCGGCAAGGACAUCGCGGACGCGGGCCCGAACCAGUGCGAGUACAGCCAGGGCGAGGACGAUGACUUCGGGUGGGAGCUGGUCCGCAGCUACAUGCUGCCGCACCUGACGGCCGACCUGCCUCACGCAAAAGCGCCUCAUUUCUCCCGCCUGGGCGACGUGGAGGUCAACGCGGGGCAGAAUGCCACCUUCCAGUGCGUGGCCGCCGGCAAGGCUGCCGAGGCCGAGCGGUUCCUCAUGCAGAGGCAGAGCGGCGAGGUGGUCCCCGCCACCUCCGUGAAGCACAUCAGCCACCGGCGCUUCCUGGCCACCUUCCAGCUGGACGAGGUGUCCAAGGGGGAGCAGGACCUCUACCGCUGCGUCACCCAGUCCAGCCGUGGCUCGGGCGUCUCCAACUUCGCUGAGCUCAUUGUGAAAGAACUUUUCGCCCCCCCCCAGCUGCGCGGGGCUGGCUCCACCUACCUUAUCAUCCAGCUCAACACCAACUCCAUCAUCGGGGACGGCCCCAUCGUGCGCAAGGAGAUCGAGUACCGCAUGACCUCGGGGCCCUGGUCGGAGGUCCACGCCGUCAACAUGCAGACCUACAAGCUCUGGCACUUGGAUCCGGACACGGAGUACGAGAUCAGCGUCCUGCUCACCCGGCCCGGCGAGGGGGGCACCGGCAAACCGGGGCCACCCCUCAUCAGCCGCACCAAGUGUGCAGAGCCCAUGCGGGCCCCCAAAGGCCUGGCUUUCUCCGAAAUCCAGUCCAGGCAGCUGACGUUGCAGUGGGAGCCGCUGGGCUACAACCUGACCCGCUGCCACACCUACACCGUCUCGCUCUGCUACCGCUAUUCCGUGGGCACCGGCCACAACCAGACCUUCCGGGAAUGCGUGAAGAUGGAGCGCAACGCCAACCGCUACACCAUCAAAAACCUGCUGCCCUACAAGAACAUCCACGUCAAGCUCAUCCUCUCCAACCCCGAGGGUCGCAAGGAGGGCAAGGAGGUGGUGUUCCAGACGGACGAGGACGUGCCCGGCGGCAUCGCCUCGGAAAUACAUCCCUUUAACCCCUUUUCCACCCGGAUCCGGGGGUCUCUGCCCUCUCCUGUGGCUGCUGGCCGGGCCCGCACCGGCAAGGGCUUUGGCCAGACGGCGCUCACCGAGAUCACCACCAACAUCUCCGGUCCCAGCGGCUGCCGGUGGUGGCUGGGGGACCAUGCUGGGCAUGAGGGGGUCCCCACCUUGAUCAGCUACCAGAGCAUCGAGUCCUCCGACCCGGCCGUCAAUGUGCCCGGCCCGCGGCGCACCGUCUCCAAACUCCGCAACGAGACCUGCCACCUCUUCUCCAACCUCCACCCCGGCACCACCUACCUCUUCUCAGUCCGGGCCCGCACCGGCAAGGGCUUUGGCCAGACGGCGCUCACCGAGAUCACCACCAACAUCUCCGCUCCCACCUUCGACUACGGGGACAUGCCGUCGCCGCUGAGCGAGUCGGAGAGCACCAUCACGGUGCUGCUGCGGCCGGCGCAGGGCAGAGGGGCUCCCAUCAGCACCUACCAGGUCAUCGUAGAAGAAGACCGGCCCAAGAAGCUCAAGCGGGAGCUGGGUGGGCAGGAGUGCUUCCCGGUGCCGCUCACCUUCGACGACGCUGUGACGCGUGAUUGGAGCAAGAAGCAGGAGAAGCAAGAGCUGGAGACCUCGGGGGGAGCGGUGCCGGAGCCGGCCCUGCGCUGGGCACGCUCUGCCUGCAAGGAGAGCAAGCGUCCCCUGGAAGUGUCGCAGCACUCAGAGGAGAUGGGCCUGAUCCUGGGGAUCUGUGCCGGAGGGCUCAUUGUCCUGAUUAUCCUCCUGGGAGCCAUCAUCGUCGUCAUUCGGAAAGGGAGGAACUACUAUUCUUAUUCCUAUUACCCAAAACCCGUCAACAUGACCAAAACGACCAUCAACUACCGCCACGAGAAGACGCACAUGAUGAGCGCCAUCGACAGGAGCUUCACCGACCAGAGCACGCUGCAGGAGGACGAGCGCCUGGGGCUCUCCUUCAUGGACACCCACAACUACGGCAACCGGGGCGACCAGCGCAGCAGUGUGGUCAACGAGUCCAGCAGCCUUCUGGGGGGUUCCCCCCGCCGCCAGUGCGGCCGCAAAGGGUCCCCGUAUCACACCGGGCAGCUCCAUCCUGCCGUCCGGGUGGCAGAUCUUCUCCAGCACAUCAACCAGAUGAAGACAGCAGAAGGCUACGGCUUCAAGCAGGAGUAUGAGAGUUUCUUUGAAGGCUGGGAUGCUUCGAAGAAGAAAGACAAGACCAAAGGGAGACAGGAUCAUGUCUCAACAUACGACCGCCACCGGGUGAAGCUGCACCCGCUGCUGGGCGAUCCCAACUCGGACUACAUCAACGCCAACUACAUCGAUGGUUACCACAGGUCCAACCACUUCAUCCGUCCCGCAGGGCCCAAGCAGGAGAUGGUGUACGACUUCUGGCGCAUGGUGUGGCAGGAGCACUGUUCCAGCAUCGUGAUGAUAACCAAGCUGGUGGAGGUGGGCCGGGUGAAAUGCUCCAAAUACUGGCCGGAUGACUCCGAGAUGUACGGGGACAUCAAGAUCACCCUGGUGAAGUCGGAGACGUUGGCCGAGUACGCCGUCCGCACCUUUGCUCUCGAGAGGCGGGGCUACUCGGCCCGGCACGAGGUGAAGCAGUUCCACUUCACGUCGUGGCCCGAGCACGGCGUCCCCUACCAUGCCACGGGGCUGCUGGCCUUCAUCCGCCGGGUGAAGGCGUCCACGCCGCCCGACGCCGGCCCCAUCGUCAUCCACUGCAGUGCUGGGACGGGGAGAACUGGCUGCUACAUUGUCCUGGACGUUAUGUUGGACAUGGCUGAGUGCGAGGGCGUCGUGGACAUCUACAACUGCGUGAAGACCCUCUGCUCACGGAGGAUCAACAUGAUACAGACGGAGGAGCAGUACGUCUUCAUUCACGACGCCAUCCUGGAAGCCUGCCUGUGUGGGGAGACCAGCAUCCCCGCCAGCGAGUUCAAGCCCACCUACAAGGAGAUGGUGAGGAUAGAGCCGCAGAGCAACUCCUCGCAGCUGCGGGAGGAGUUUCAGACCCUGAACUCGGUGACUCCUCACCUGGACGUGGAGGAGUGCAGCAUCGCUCUCCUGCCCCGCAACCGGGAGAGGAACCGCAGCAUGGAUGUCCUGCCACCCGACCGAUGCCUUCCCUUCCUCAUCUCCAUGGAUGGAGACAGCAACAACUACAUCAACGCGGCCUUAACCGACAGCUACACCAAGAGCGCUGCCUUCAUCGUCACCCUGCACCCGCUGCAGAACACCACCACCGACUUCUGGCGGUUGGUGUACGACUACGGCUGCACCUCCAUCGUCAUGCUCAACCAGCUCAACCAGUCCAACUCCGCCUGG